UGCAUCAAGGGGACGUAAGCAAAUAUUAGGCCAUUUACCAACCCAUGUGGCAUCAUAUUUGGUUGUUGUAUUCAUGAUCGCCAUAUAAAAAUUGGCCACACAAUUGUGUCUGUUUUAAUUUUCUUGAUGAACAUUUACAAGCAUGUUUGACAGUGAACUCAACAAGGCGAGAAAAUCGUAAUAAAGAGAAUCAUGGCUUCCAUGGGGUAUGUAAUGAGCAUGAGAAUUGACCUCUCUUUUCCCUCUCCAGAUUUAUUUACUUGGUUUAUAUGUUUAUUCCUGUUUCAAUUCAAUAGACACAAAAGAAUAUGGCAUCAGGAGCAUCCUUGUCUCCCUUGCUGUUUUGAGAUUAAAGAAGUAGCAUUUGGGAAUUAGCACCAAUCACUGAAAUUUCCAACUCUAGAUUCCUGGAAUGAUGUUUUUUCUUGCCAUUUGUUUUUCUUUACUUGCUGCUUAGCCUCUAGAUUUAUGCCAAUAGAUUAGCAUGCAUUGCCCACAUUGAUGUUGAAAUGCAGUUGUUUUCUAAACACAAAAUAUUAGAUAGCUACAUAAGAUCUAAGAGUUAUGGUUGAUAGAGGAUACCAACUGGAUUAUAGGGGAGUGGGGAGGCAAUAGGUGUACAGCUCUCAUGCUCUGUCUUCGUUUUCGAUUUUGGGUUCCUCACCAAAAUGGUAGGUAAAGUGCAUGUCGCCGCUCUCAUGACCAUAAAUUUAAAGAAAUCACAGUUGGUUGUCUGAAAACGUUACAAGAUUAUCAUAAAGAAAUCAGGUCGAUUCACAUUGCCCUCACAUGCAUACUGGAAUGAAUGGUCAUGAUUUCUCUCAUUCUUCUUAUAAAUAGGAUACACCAUUGGCUGACUUCAACAUUUGCAGAAAGCAAACACUAAAGAUGGCAGGCUUAUCUUCACCUGUUGCCCAGCACCGUAGCAGGUCCAUAAGCUUGCCCUUCAGGUUACAGCCCGGUUCCCUUAAAGUUGAAGCCAGGGUACACAAACUGAAAACCUGGGAAGCAUCAUCACUUUCCACAAUAGUUCCUUUGGGAGCUGAGACUCUUCAAACUGGUCUGGCUGGUCUGGCUGGUCUUGCAGAAUUGUACAGUUGUGUGGAGGAACUCAUUCACUAUCCCCUCGUCCAACAAACUCUUUUCUACAACCGACAUGGAAAACUAGUGGAAGGGGCGCUGGACAUGUCUGUUGUAUUGCUAGACAUGUGUGGCACUGUGAGGGACUUAUUCGGUAUGAUGAAGGAACAUGUUCAGGACCUUCAGUCAGCCUUACGGAGAAAGGGUGGAGAUUCAAGCACUGUUAGUAACGUCAAUGCAUACAUUUGCUUCAGAAAGAAGGUGAAGAGGGAUGUAGCCAAGUGCCUUAGAACACUGAAGCAAAUGGCGAGCAAAAUUGGUUCUUUUCCUCUGAUGGAUGUACAUCACCAUCUUUCAGUGGUGGUUCAGGUGCUUAGCGAAUUAAGCGCCAGCUCCAUCUCUAUCCUUCGGUCCCUCUUGCUAUAUCUGUCUUUGCCAGCAAUGAAGACAAAGGCUAGUGGGUGGUCAUUGGUUUCAAAGUUGAUGCAAGCGGGGUCACUGGCUUCUGGGAGAAGCCAGGAGAGCACCAAUGAGGUAGCAUGUGUUGAUUUUGCACUGGUCUCCCUCAAUAGGCAUAGCCGGGGCAGCAACAAUAUGGUUGAUCUGCAAAUGACACAAAGGAAAUUACAGACACUUGAUAUUAGGAUUCAAGAUAUUGAAGCUGGAUUAGCUUGCUUGUAUAGACGCCUAAUCCAGCAUAGGGUUUCCCUCCUAAACAUCCUCACUGUAAAGACAUAGAACUGCUAUAACUCUAAUUUUAACGAGCAGUGAUGGUCAUUUUCUUCUAAUAGGAAAGGGAAAUUUCCCACGUCAGUUGCAGAAUUGUAUAGCAAAUUCU